AUGCAAGUACGUAAGGUAUGGCGUGAGGCGCCACGAGAUGUCAAGCUCCUCUGGUGGGCUGUAUUCCUUAGGAUGUUAGCAUACGGUAUGACUAAUCAAAUCUUAACACUUUUCUUCAGUGAGAUCGGAAUUUCUGAUGAUGAAAUGGGUUGGUUCAUGUCUUUGACUUUAGUUGGUGAUGUUUGCAUAUCCUAUGUCUUGACAUGGUAUGCAGACUCGUGGGGAAGAAGGUUGGUUCUUACAUAUGGUUCUGCGAUGAUGGCUUUAUCAGGUAUAGUAUUUGCCACUUCAGAGAACAUUAAGGUGCUAUUAGCGUUUGCCAUCAUUGGUGUCAUUUCACCCUCUUCUGAUGAAGUGGGACCGUUUAAAUCAAUUGAAGAGUCUAUGAUAGCCCAUUUGACUCCGCAUAAUAAGAGGCCUGAGGUCUAUUCCAUGCAUUCUAUAUUGGGUACUUUGGGGAGUGCACUCGGAUUCUUAAUUUGUGGUAUAGUCACUGAUCUCUUAAUUACUUUCAAGGUAUUUCAAACGAAGAGAGCCUGUUAUAAGGCGAUAUUUGGUAUAUAUGCUGUUCUUGCUGCAGCUAAAGUGAUCAUAUCCAUAUCUUUAUCUUCAGAAUCAGAGAAAGAUGGUGAUUUCGAUACCGACCGUAUAAUUUCUGGUUCUUCCGCACAAGGUGACUCUGAUACAGUUCCAGAAGAAGAUACGGAGGUCGUUGCAGAAGAUACUCCUUUGAUUGUUAAGUCGAUUAAAAAGAAGCCAUUAUCCAAAAAAACUUUGUCAUUGGUGUUCAGAUUAUUAUUGAUCUUCAUGACUGAUUCUCUAGGAGCAGGUUUCAUGACAUCAUCCUGGAUGGUCUACUACUAUAAGAAAGUAUUUGAUAUGAGUAACACCUCAUUGGGAUUCUUAUUCUUUAGCAGCAAAUAUGUUAUGGCUGCAUCAGCUAUCCCAUCAGCCAUUGUUGCUAGGCUUUAUGGACCUGUACGUGCAACACUUCUUGUCCAGAUUCCAUCUGGAAUAUUCUCCAUAUUAAUUCCUUUCGCGGAAUCACAUUUAUCUUUGUCCAUCAUCUUGUUGUUACUUUUCUUCUUCACCAUGGCCAUGGACGUUACUCCAAGGCAAAUAAUUUUAACUAAUACGAUACCUAGUAAAGAUUUAACUAAAGUUAUGGGUAUGGUUAACAUUGGAAAAACAGUCGCUCGUUGUAUCGGUCCAGUUUUCACCGGUAAAUUGGCUAGUGAAGGUUAUCUUUGGGUGUGUUACGUAAUUAGUGGUUCCUUGGUGAUAUUGGCGGACAUGUUCCUAGCACUUCUAUUCUGUGAUAUUGACGAACAGAUUUUGGCAAAGACUAAUUCAUAA